AUGGAGAACCACACCUACCCUAUGAACAUGUUCCUCCUGGAGGGGUUAAAGGUCACUCAACAGUCCUCCUACCCUGCCUUCAUCCUUCUCCUCAUCAUCUACAUCUUCACGAUGGUUUCCAACAUCGGCCUCAUACUACUAAUCUCCAUGGAGAGGAGCCUGCACCAGCCCAUGUACAUCCUCUUCUGCAACCUACCUCUCAAUGACGCUCUUGGAGCCACGGUUAUCAUCCCUCGUUUGCUGAGUGACAUAUUUGUGGCAAGCGCAGAGCGCUACAUUAACAACGUUGCGUGUGCCAUCCAAGCAUUUUGCGGCCACAUGUUUGGCACAACAUCACAUACAAUACUGAUUAUCAUGGCCUUUGAUAGAUAUGUGGCCAUCUGCUACCCCCUGCGAUAUGCCACCAUCAUGACCAACAGGAUGAUCGCAAAACUGACUUUUUUUGCCUGGGGGUCUGCCUUUCUGCUUGUGGGGGUCCUCCUGGGCCUCACACUCAGCCUGUCACGAUGCAGAUCUGAAAUCUUCAACCCCUUCUGUGACAAUGUCUCGUUAUUCAAGCUCUCCUGUGAAAGCGUUGUUAUUAACAAUAUCUAUGGACUCACUUUUACCAUCCUACUCCUGGGGUCCUCCAUAGGGAGUGUGACACUAACAUACCUUAAGAUAGCUAUGGUGUGUAUGAGAAACAAAAACAGGGUUCUGAAUAGCAGGGCCUUGCAGACCUGCUCCACACACCUGUCUGUGUACAUCAUCAUGCUGGUGUCCGGUUUCAUCAUCAUCUUUCUCCAUCGCUUCCCUCAGUGGGCCGACCACAGGAAACUGUCAGCCAUUUUGUUUCAUGUGGUUCCUCCUUGGCUCAAUCCUAUUAUAUACGGUCUGCAGACCAAAGAGAUCAGACAGAAAAUCUUCAACAAGUUUCAAAAUAAUAAAGUGACUGUAUGA